AUGGAUUAUGAGAAUUUUGUAAAAAGUGCAGAAGAAAUAAAUAAUUUACACAAUGUAAAUUAUUUGGAAACAAAAGACCUGAAUGAUUUUAAUUGGAAAGCAGCUUAUUAUAUAUGUAAAGAAAUAUAUGAUAAGCAACAAAUUAAUAAAGAUGGUUAUGUUGUGAUAGGUUUAUCGGGAGGUCGAACUCCGAUAGAUGUUUAUAAAAAUAUGUGUUUAAUUAAAGACAUUAAGAUAGAUAAAUCUAAAUUAAUAUUUUUUAUUAUUGAUGAAAGGUAUAAAAGUGAUGAUCAUAAAUUUAGUAAUUAUAAUAAUAUAAAAUUUUUAUUUCAUAAUUUAAAUAUAAAUGAAAAAGAACAAUUAUAUAAACCUGACACUACCAAAAGUAUUGUAGAUUGUAUAUUAGAUUAUAAUGACAAAAUAAAAAUAAUGAUAGAGAAAUAUAAAAAAGUUGAUAUAGCAAUAUUAGGUAUGGGUAGUGAUUUCCAUAUUGCCAGUUUAUUUCCAAAUAUAUUUUAUAAUAUAUAUAUGAAUAACUAUCAAAAUAAUUAUAUAUAUAAUGAAAAAACAUUAGAUUUUAUAAAUAAUGAUCAAGAUAAUGAUAAUUUAAAAUAUUUGAAAGAAUAUGUAUAUUUUACGACAACAAAUCAAUUUGAUGUUAGGAAAAGAAUUACAGUAUCUUUAAAUUUAUUAGCUAAUGCAUCAAGUAAAAUAUUUUUAUUAAAUUCUAAAGACAAAUUAGAUUUAUGGAAAAAUAUGUUGAUUAAAUCAUAUAUUGAAGUGAAUUAUAAUUUAUAUCCAGCUACUUAUUUAAUAGAUACAUCAUGCACCAACGAAAAUGUUAAUAUUAACAAUAACAACAAUAAUAAUAAUAAGAAUAAGAAUAAUUAUUGUUAUAGUAAUACCACUGUUAUAUCUUGUGGUUAUGAAAAUUAUACAAAAUCUAUUGAAGAAAUUUAUGAUUCUAAAUAUGCUCUAUCUCUUUAUUCUAAUAGUUUGAAUAAAGAAGAAUUAUUAACUAUAAUAAUUUUUGGCUGUUCAGGUGAUUUAGCCAAAAAAAAAAUAUAUCCAGCUUUAUUUAAAUUAUUUUGUAAUAAUUCCUUACCAAAAGAUUUAUUAAUCAUUGGAUUUGCUAGAACAGUUCAAGAUUUCGAUACAUUUUUUGAUAAAAUAGUUAUAUAUUUAAAACGAUGUUUAUUAUGUUAUGAAGAUUGGUCUAUAUCAAAAAAGAAGGAUCUUUUAAAUGGUUUUAAAAAUAGGUGUCGAUAUUUUGUUGGUAAUUAUUCGUCUUCAGAAAGUUUUGAAAAUUUUAAUAAAUAUUUAACAACUAUUGAAGAAGAAGAAGCAAAAAAAAAAUAUUAUGCAACAUGUUAUAAAAUGAAUGGUUCAGAUUAUAAUAUAUCAAAUAAUGUUGCAGAGGAUAAUAUUAGUAUAGAUGAUGAAAAUAAAACAAAUGAAUAUUUUCAAAUGUGUACUCCAAAAAAUUGCCCUGAUAAUGUAUUUUCAUCAAAUUAUAAUUUUCCAUAUGUUAUAAAUCGUAUGUUAUAUUUAGCAUUACCUCCACAUAUAUUUGUUAGUACUUUAAAAAAUUAUAAAAAAAAUUGUUUAAAUAGUAAAGGCACUGAUAAAAUAUUACUAGAAAAACCAUUUGGAAAUGAUUUAGAUUCAUUUAAAAUGUUAUCAAAACAAAUAUUAGAGAAUUUUAAUGAACAACAAAUAUAUAGAAUAGAUCAUUAUUUGGGUAAGGAUAUGGUUUCAGGAUUGUUGAAAUUAAAAUUUACAAAUACAUUUUUAUUAUCUUUAAUGAAUAGACAUUUUAUAAAAUGUAUUAAAAUUACUCUUAAAGAAACUAAAGGUGUAUAUGGUAGAGGACAAUAUUUUGAUCCCUAUGGUAUUAUUAGAGAUGUUAUGCAAAAUCAUAUGUUACAAUUAUUAACAUUAAUAACUAUGGAAGAUCCUAUAGAUUUAAAUGAUGAAUCUGUAAAAAAUGAGAAAAUAAAAAUUCUUAAAUCAAUUCCUUCGAUCAAAUUAGAAGAUACUAUUAUUGGACAAUAUGAAAAAGCUGAAAAUUUUAAAGAAGAUGAAAAUAAUGAUGAUGAAUCGAAAAAAAAUCAUAGUUAUCAUGAUGAUCCACAUAUAGAUAAAAAUUCGAUUACUCCAACAUUUUGUACAUGUAUCUUAUAUAUUAAUUCAAUUAAUUGGUAUGGUGUACCAAUCAUUUUUAAAUCUGGAAAAGGUCUGAAUAAAGAUAUAUGUGAAAUACGUAUACAAUUCCAUAAUAUUAUGGGGUCGUCUGAUGAAAAUAUGAAUAAUAAUGAAUUUGUUAUUAUAUUACAACCUGUUGAAGCUAUAUACCUAAAAAUGAUGAUUAAAAAAACGGGUUGUGAAGAAAUGGAAGAAGUACAAUUAAACCUAACAGUGAAUGAGAAAAAUAAAAAAAUUAAUGUACCAGAAGCAUAUGAAACAUUACUCUUAGAAUGUUUUAAAGGACAUAAAAAAAAAUUCAUCUCAGACGAGGAAUUGUAUGAAUCAUGGAGAAUAUUUACUCCUUUACUUAAGGAACUCCAGGAAAAACAAGUCAAGCCUCUUAAAUAUUCUUUUGGAUCAUCAGGCCCUAAAGAGGUAUUUGGACUUGUCAAAAAAUAUUACAAUUAUGGUAAAAAUUAUACGCACAGACCUGAGUUUGUUAGAAAAUCCUCUUUUUAUGAAGACGAUUUGUUAGAUAUUAAUUGA